UGCCCCAUCAUUGGUGGCAGUGGGGGGAGGAAUAGUGCCCCAUCAUUGGUGGCAGUGGGGGGGAGGAAUAGUGCCCCAUCAUUGGUGUCAGUGGGGGGAGGAAUACUGCCCCAUCAUUGGUGUCAGUGGGGGGGUAGGAAUAGUGCCCCAUCAUUGGUGUCAGUGGGGGGAGGAAUAGUGCCCCAUCAUUGGUGUCAGUUGGGGGAAGGAAUAGUGUUCCAGCGUUGGUGUCAGUGGGGGGUGGAAUAGUGCCCCAU